CAGUGCCCAGAUCUGAGUAGCAAAUGUAAAAAAAAAAAAAAAAAAAAUCUGAAAUAAGUUUAUCUAGUUUCCUCCAUGAAGUCCAGUGGCUGGAAGCCUGGGUAAUGGGAAGAACAAUCACAGGAAGGAAGUUUGCUGGGUGGGAGUCCAGUUCAUUCCCAAAGUGGAGUAAAGUGGAGAUUCUGAGAAGUCGCAAACUCCUGGACUGACAUAGCUCCAAACAGCAUAGUAUUUUGUUCUUUGGUGAUCCAGAGGCCAGUGGAUUGUUUUCAUCUAUUUUUACGUGGAUUAGGACCUUGUCUGGUCCUUUAUACGGACUGCUGGACAGCCAGCAAUGAUGAAGUUUCUGUGGCUUCAUCUGCUGGUUAGUACAUAUGUUUCUGGGCCUCUGGUCCUAUGUACUAAGGAAAAAAGACACCAGGGCAGACAUCACAUCGAGCACCACAGCCGAGUGAAGAGGGACUGGGUAUGGAAUGAGAUGUCAGUUCAUGAGGAGCAAACAAAGCUCCCAUUUUACAUAGGAAAGCUCAAAACCAGUAAUGCCAUACCUAAUAGCAGAUAUGCACUUCAGGGAGAGUAUGCUAAUAGUAUUUUCAAAGUGGAAGAGAACACUGGUGACAUCUACGGCUUUGAAAGACUGGACCGCGAGAAGAAGUCACAGUAUGAGCUCACAGCACUGUUCGUAGACAGGAAGACCAAUAAAACUUUGGAGCGUCCUGGGGUCUUUGUCAUAAGACUCAUUGACAUUAAUGACAACGCACCUAUCUUUACACAAGAGUCAUAUAAUGCCUCAGUCUCAGAGAUGUCUUCUCAUGGUACCUUAGUGACUCUGGUCACAGCAGUGGAUGCAGAUGACCCAACUGUAGCUGGACAUGCCAUUGUAACAUACACAAUUAUUCAAGGGCAACAAAUCUUCAGAAUCAAUGAAAAGACUGGAGCAAUUUCUACAGCAGUGUCCAACCUAGACCGAGAGACAAAAGCAAGCUAUGAAAUCAUUGUGCAGGCCAAGGAUAGUCCGGGACUCGAUGGGGGAUUCUCCAGCACAGUCACAGUCACUAUUCAUUUAAAUGAUAUCAAUGAUAACUUUCCAAUGUUCACAGAAAAGCUUUUCACUUUCAAUGUCCCUGAGGACCGGAGAGUUGGGGAAGUGGUUGGAAAGAUCUCAGUACAAGAUCUCGAUGAGCCACAAAACAGAAACACCAAAUAUAUCUUCCUGAAAGAACGGUUUCAAGAAUGGUUUCAAAUAAAGACAAAUGCACAAACAAAUGAAGGGAUCCUCAUUUUAAAAAAGCCUUUGAAUUUUGAAAGUAAGGACAAUGUAUUCCGAAUGAAUAUUGAAGCUACAGACCCAUCUAUUGAUCUGCGGGUGGCAAAACAGGAAAAGCCCAAAAGCACCACAGAAGUUGUCAUUAAUGUCUUAGAUGUGGAUGAGCCCCCUGAAUUCAGCAAGCCAUUCUAUCUAUUUAAGGUUAAGGAGGAUGUCAAGUUCAAAAACAUUGACUACGUCUUGGCUACAGACCCUGAUGCUGCCAAAAGAAGUGUAAGAUAUUCGGCCAACAAUAACAGAGAUGACCCUAUUAGGGUGUCAGUCACAGGAAGCAUUUUUAUUGAGAAGGCUCUUGACAGAGAGACCAAGGCCUGGCACAAUCUAACAGUAACUGCUGAGGAAAUUGAUUCUCCCACUAAGAAAGCAUCAUCAGUAAACGUUUAUAUACAAGUGCUUGAUGUAAAUGACAAUGCUCCCGAGUUUGCUGAGCAUUAUACUCCCAAAGUAUGUGAAAAUACAGCCAACGAGCAUGUCAUUUUACAAAUCUCUUCGACUGAUAAGGAUGAGAUGGUCCCAGGGAUAAAGUUUACAUAUUAUUCGGCAGAAAAAGAAAACAAUUUCACAGUCCUAGAUAAUCACGAUAACACAGCCAGUAUCAUCGUAAAAAAUGGAGCAUUUAAUCGGGAUGUGGCCAAGUUCUAUUACCUGCCCAUCGUCAUCUCUGACAAUGGGACACCAGAGCAGAGCAGCACCAACACUUUGACCAUAACUGUCUGCAAGUGCAAUGAGAAUGGAGAAUUCACAUUCUGCGAAGAGGCUGCAAAACGCGCUGCUGUGUCCGCUAAUACCCUCAUCAUCGUUUUUGUCUCUAUAUUCCUCAUACUUCUGGUUGUCACACUAUUGCUGAUUCUGAAAAGGAUGCGGGGUAAAACCCCCAUUAUUUUAGGAAAGAACGUUCCAGAAAUCCAUGAACAGCUGGUUACCUACGAUGAGGAAGGUGGAGGAGAAAUGGACACCAACAGUUAUGAUGUGUCCGUUCUCAACUCAGUGCGUAGGAAUGUGGUGAGGCCAAAGAGAGAGGCGGAGCCUGGUCCCAUGCUAUAUGCCCAGGUCCAGAAACCAUCCAGAAAUGGAGAUAUGUUCUCCAUGAUUGAAGCAAAGAAGGAUGAAGCAGACAAUGAUGGAGAAGGGCUUCCAUACGACACUCUCCACAUAUUUGGCUAUGAAGGGUCGGAAUCAACUGUGGAAUCUCUCAGCUCCCUGGAAUCUGGAUCAUCGGAUUCUGAAAUUGACUAUGAUGUAUUAAAUGAUUGGGGUCCAAGAUUUAAAAUGCUUGCUGAUCUGUACGGCCUAGAGCAGCUGGAGGAGUUUGCUUAUUAACAUAGCUUCCUUAAAACCACACACAGAUAUUCAAGAUCAUCACACUUAAAUUACGAAACAUAUUUUGAUUUCUAUUUCGGACCAUAGUUGUACUAUGUCUUAACGUUUUUAUCCCAUACAUAUAUGUAGCCCACAUUCUGACUAAUGUUUAAAUGACCCAUUUUUGUUAUUUCAACAUCGUUAUUUGUUAUUUUUGAAUCUUAACAGCUGUAUUGUACCAUGCAGUCUCCUGCGCUGUGCUACAGGAAAUGUGAGUGUGACUCAUUUUAUGCAUUUACUCAAACUGACCUACUUCUCAUUUCCUCCUUCAUGGAGAUGCAGAGGUAAGGUGUACAAAUAAGAGGUGCAAGCAGCUAGAUCAGCCCUGGCUCUUCAGCUGUUGAGAAACUACAAGUCCCUGCAUGCCCUACCACAUUUUUGCUAUUGGGGAAUGCUAAAACUGUUGGCAGGGCAUGGUGGUAUGUGUAGUUUCAAAACAGCUGGAGAGCCACAGGUUGGCCAGGCCUGUGCUAGAUCUAGAUGAAGGCAUUCACAGUCCAUGUUCACGGAGGUGGAUGGGGCUUGAUAAUACAAUUUUCAUCCCAUUCACCAUUUGCUAGAGCAGUCUAUGAGGUUUCCCCACAAUUCAGGAGUCUUCUGGAUAUUCAGAUAAAGAAGGCUACAAUGCAAUGAAUACUCUUCUGCCUCCUGGAUUGGUAUAAUACAGUACUUGCUGCUUUGCUUUAAAAAUUAAACAUAAUUGCCAGAAUUAUUGUAAUUGCAGAACUGAGAACUUCUCCAAUUCACCCUCAUAAAAUAGUAAACAAAAAAUAAAAUUAAAAAAAGGUAAAGUAAAUGUAUUUUUUUUAGCAGUUAAUUAGCUAGAACAAAUAAUGUGAAAAAUACCACAAAAAAUCAACUUUAAGCCCCACCACCCUGACUGAUGUUACAUGGGGCCCCCAACAUAGUGUGUCCAUGCCCUCACAGGUAACCCCCACCAACCCGUGCACUAGGGUGUGUACAGCUCUAGACGGGUUUGGUAUGUAAUACCGCUGGUCGGGAUGUCGGUGGGCACAUGACCGACAGAGGCAUCCCAAAAGUGAAGAUCCCGCCAUCGGAAGGGGUAUGUAUUUUUACCCUCCCCGUCCCUUACCUUAACCCUCCAGGGGGUGACAGCUUUGGCUAACCCUCGAUAGGGGGUGACUAUGGCUACCCACACCCUGGUGCCUAACCCUAGCACCGCGUAAACCCUGGGCCCUAACACUAACCUGUACCCCGAUUCUUACCUUCAUGAUCUUGGCUAUCGGUGUUUCAGCUGUAGUCUCCCGAGUGGUGUUGGGAUUCCGCGUUGGUGACAUGACUGCCGGCAUCCUGACCACCGGGAUGCCGGCACAUUUUGAGGCUCUUAAUUUGAGACUGUGUUGCCAAAACUGGGGUAGUUUGGGAGGUAUUCUCUACUCUUCUAUGCUUUGUUAGAAUAAUUAUUGUAAUUAAGGACAUGUGUUUUAGGCAUUUGGUUGAUUACUGGGAUGAAGAGAAGAGACAUAUUUGGCAUAUUUGCCUUGAGUGACAAAACGCUAUAUCCUUCUUAAACUGUGUCAUAUGUCAUAACUUGUUUUUUACAUGUUGUGUGCCUUGAGAAGUGUUGUUGAGCCUAAUUGGUUCCACUAUCAAAUGUGGUAUAUCAGACUGGAACAAAGACUGUGAAAUGUGAAGGGUGAGGUCAUAGGCAAGUGUAAGGAAGGGAGAGAGGGUUUGUGGGUGCCUGGAAUCCUACUAGUAGCCCUGACUUAGGACCUUAUUCAGAGUUUUAUGCAAACAGAAUUGCAAAAUGCUUGUAAAAAAAUAAUUGCAUUUUUCUGACCUAUUCAUAGUCACAAAUUUAUAAAAUAAGUCUUUAACUGCCCCUCGUUUGACUUCGUGUACCUGGGUCAGAUGUGGUCAGACUGGAGACACGGUUUCAUUGUUAGAACUUAAAAUGCAAAAAAAUCACAUUACGCAAUGGAAACACAUUACAUUUAGGGGGUAAUUCCAAGUUGAUUGCAGCAGGAAUUUUUUUAGCAGUUGGGCAAAACCAUGUGCACUGCAGGGGGGGCAGAUAUAACAUUUGCAGAGAGAGUUAGAUUUGGGUAUGGUGUGUUCAAUCUGCAAUCUAAUUUGCAGUGUAAAAAUAAAGCAGCCAGUAUUUUCACUGCACAGAAAUAAAAUAACCCACCCAAAUCUAACUCUUUCUGCACAUGUUAUAUCUGCCCCCCCCCCCCUGCAGUGCACAUGGUUUUGCCCAACUGCUAAAAAAUUUCCUGCUGCGAUCAACUUGGAAUUACCCCCUCAGUGCCCUGAUAAUAAGCUGCCAAGUGGCUUGCAGCAUCUGAAAUGUGACACGAGCUAAGUGCAAAUAUCAUUUUAGAACUUUACAAUUUGUGCAGGCUUCCGCUUCGCCAAUUGUGUAUCAUUAUUUGUGUAACGUGUAUUCAAACUAGUUUAAAGUAGAGAUGAGCAGGUUCGGUUUUACUCGGAUUUACUCGGGGUUCGAAACGGCAUCUUACUGGAUCACGGAUGUCACGCGUUUUGGAUAGUCAAUAAGCAAAACCCGAAAUACCCGAGUAAAGCCGAGUAAAACCGAACCCGCUCAUCUCUAGUUUAAAGUGACUUUUAAAACAUUGGUGGUCAUUCUGAGUUGAUCGCUCGCUAGCAGUUUUUUGCAGCCGUGCAAACGCUAAGCCGCCGCCCUCUGGGAGUGUAUCUUAGUUUAGCAGAAGUGCGAACGAAAGGAUCGCAGAGCGGCUACAAAAAAAAAUUGUGCAGUUUUAGAGUAGCUCCAGAGCUACUCAGUGCUUGCGAUCACUUCACCAUUCAGUUCCGGAUUUGACGUCACAAACACGCCCUGCGUUCGGCCAGCCACGCCUUCGUUUUUCCAGGCACGCCUGCAUUUUUUUUUAACACUCCCUGAAAACGGUCAGUUGACACCCAGAAACGCCCUCUUCCUGUCAAUCACUCUGCGGCUGCCAUUGCGACUGAAAAGCGUAGCUAGACCUUGUGUAAAAAUACAUCGGCCAUUGUGGAAAUACGUUGCGCAUGUGCACUGAACCGCAUAUGCAUGCGCAGAAGUGCCGCAUUUUCACUUAAUUGCUGCGCUGUGAACAUUUUUCACUAGCGAUCAACUCGGAAUGACCCCCAUUAUUCCAGCAGUUACACUAUUUUUGUAUAAAUGGGUAUGUUUUUCAUGUUUUUAACGUUUGUGGCCAAUCAGAUGCAGUCGUCAUCAGGGUUGACAACUGCAUCUGAACCCUCAAGUCAGAACCCUCCAGGGAGCUAUGGUUGUAGCAUCACUCUCACACUAUGACAUUACUGUACUUUGGCCAUGUCUGCACCCCGGCUACCAUGCCCAUUCCAGCUCCAGUCCCUGCAUCCUAACCAUACACAGUCACAAGUCUGGUGUAGGCCUGAAAAAGAGACAUGCAUUGCGUAAAGACACACAUGCACACUAAAUAAGAAUGCAAGAUACAUCUGAAAAAAGCUACAACUUGUGUUUACAUCUGACUCUAAAUAAGGCCCUAAGGGGGAGAUGUACUAAGCAGUGAUAAAAGUGGAGAAGUGGGCCUGUGGAGAAGUUGCCCAUGGCAACAAAUCAGCUGUCCUGUAUAAUUUUAUAGUAUGCAAAUUAUAAAUGUUACUUCAAUGCUGAUUGGUUGCCAUGGGCAACUUCUUUACUGGCUCACUUCUCCGCUCUUAUCACUGCUUAGUAUGGGCCUAAUUCAGACCUGAUUGCUGCAGCAAAAUCUUUCUCUAAUGGGCAAAACCAUGUGCACUGCAGUGGGGCAGAUAUAACGUGUGCAGAGAGAGUUAGAUUGGGUGUGCAGAGUAAAUACUGCCUGCUUUAUUUUUACACUGCAAUUUAGAUUUCAGUUUGCACCACACCCAAAUCUAACUCUCUCUUCACACGUUAUAUCUGCCCUCCCUGCAGUACACAUGGGCCCUCAUUCCGAGUUGUUCGCUCGGUAAAAAUCUUCGCAUCGCAGCGAUUUUCCGCUUAAUGCGCAUGCGCAAUGUCCGCACUGCGACUGCGCCAAGUAAAUUUGCUAUGCACUUAGUAAUUUUACUCACGGCUUUUUCAUCGUUCUGGCGAUCGUAAUGUGAUUGACAGGAAAUGGGUGUUACUGGGCGGAAACAGGCCGUUUUAUGGGCGUGUGGGAAAAAACGCUACCGUUUCCGGAAAAAACGCAGGAGUGGCCGGAGAAACGGAGGAGUGUCUGGGCGAACGCUGGGUGUGUUUGUGACGUCAAACCAGGAACGACAAGCACUGAACUGAUCGCAGAUGCCGAGUAAGUCUGAAGCUACUCAGAAACUGCUACGAGGUGUGUAAUCGCAAUAUUGCGAUUACUUCGUUCGCAAUUUUAAGAUGCUAAGAUUCACUCCCAGUAGGCGGCGGCUUAGCGUGAGCAACUCUGCUAAAAUCGCCUUGCGAGCGAACAACUCGGAAUGACCUCCUUGGUUUUGCCCAUUAAGGAAAGAUUUUGCUGCUGUGAUCAGAUCUGAAUUAGGCCCAUACUAAGCAGUGAUAAGAGCGGAGAAGUGAGCCAGUGAAGAAGGUCUGAAUUAGGCCUUACAUCUCACCCUUAGGGCCAAAUGUAAUAUAGUGAGAGUUUCAGAAACUGAAAGAUUUGGUAAGGUUUUGCUGUUUUUUUUUUUGUAAGUGGCAAUCAUUUACACUGCAAAACCAGGAUGAUCUUACUGUGUAAAUGAUUGCCACGUUAAAAAACUGCAAAACCUUACCAGAUCUCUCACUUUCUGAAACUCUCACUCUAUUACAUAUGGCCCUAUGUGUGUAAAAUAAAUGGAUAAGCUGUUACACAGCCAUUUCUAUCACUUCACAUGCAAUUGGUCUCUUUACAGGGGAAAGUAGUUUGUAGACUAUUCCAGAGUAGAAUGCAUAUAUAGUGUAAACAUCCCUAUGUAUACUGCAUGUAGUAAUUGUAUUUUUUUCACAUAGAAUAUAAACAAUUUGAAGAAAAUUGCAAAACAUCCACUGUAUCAACAAUUUGCUUGUCCCUGAGGGUUUGCAACACACCAGAAACCUCAUUAAAGCAAUAGAAGCCUAUGUAAGGGCACCUUAAUUAAAUAUUCCAGAAUAAAUGGUCUGCAGCACCUAUUAUUUUUUUAUACAUUAUAUUACAGUAGUUCUAUCACUGAGCAAUUUCCAGUCUGCUGAAGACUAUUAACACUAUAUAUUCAUCUCUUCUUCCUCAGGGAUACUUAUGUGAAUAAUUACUUGAAUAUGCUUCUGCUAACCAUUUUCCCCUGACAUUUAACCGGUGUUAAGAUGAGAUAUUUUGUCCAACUGCAGGACAUAACACAUAGUCUGGCACUAUGCUUUCAAAAAUACAGUUUAAAAAUAUUCAAGGGUUGUUUUUAUUAAUUUCCAGGAAAAAAAAAAGUUAGUUGAAUUUUACACGUUGUUUCCAUAUUAAUCGUUCUUAUCUAAAAAUGUUUUACUAUUUGUUCAUAUUUUUAUUACUGCUAUUUUAAUUGUUUUUUGUAUUCGGUUUGGAAUACAGCAUUUCCUAGAUGUACUAUAUCUGUAUAUGGAUUGGGUGUUUGUUUGGGGAUUUUUUUUUAAAUAUUUGUAUUAAAAUAAAACAAUGUAUACAAAAAA